UUGUAGUCCUCAGUUUGCGCAACCGCUAACUUCACAUGAAUCCCACACUCCACUUAAUUCUUAUCUCUCAGUCUCUCCCCUUUAUAUACGUACGUCAAAACAUUUAUAGAGUGAGUGAAAACUACCUUAAAAAAUAUAAACCAAAUUCAUGGAAAAUCCAGAAGAUAUUGAUCAAGAGAAUGGGAUGAUCAAAGAGCCUCUCUUAAAUCAUCCCUCCAAACAACAAGGUGGUCUUAGGACCUUGCCCUUUAUUUUAGCAAAUGAAGGAUUUGAAAGAGCAGCAUAUUAUGGAAUGGAGUCGAACAUGAUAGUUUAUUUAAUGCGGAAUUAUGGGUUGGAAAUGGCAAGUGGCUCCAACAUUCUUUUUAUGUGGUCUGCUGCUACCAACUUCACCCCUAUUUUGGGCGCUUUCCUUGCCGACUCUUAUGUGGGCCGUUUCUCCAUGAUCGCAUUCGGCUCCAUUUUUAGUUUCAUGGGGACGAUGCUUCUAUGGUCAACAACUAUUAUCCCAGGAGCAACACCAUACACAUCAGCCACUAACAACAUUUCUCCAAAACUAGCUCAACUAACACUCCUCCUCUCAUCUUUUGGCCUAAUGUCAAUCGGCACAGGUGGGAUUAGGUCCUCUACCUUAGCCUUCGGUGCAGAUCAAUUAGUAAGAAAUGGAGACGACGACAAAAAUGCAAAACCGAGUUGCGUUGGAGUAUUGGAGAGCUUCUUCAAUUGGUAUUAUUUUUCUAUCUCAUUAUCGGUUCUCUUUGCUCUUACAUGUGUUGUGUAUAUCCAAGAUCACGCAGGCUGGCAAAUUGGCUUUGGAGUUCCUGCCUUGCUUAUGUUUCUUUCUACUGUUUCCUUCUUCUUGUCUUCUUCAUCCUAUGUCAAGGUGAAGCCUCCUAAGGCUAGCUUGCUUACUGGGUUCGCUCAAGUUAUCGUUGCUUCUUGGAGAAAUAGGCAUUGCCAGUUGAAUGUGGAUAGUGUUUAUCAUGUUGUCAAAGGUUCUACACUUGAAUUUCCAAGUGACAAACUAAGGUCUCUAAACAAGGCAUGCAUAGUGAUGGAUCCUAUACAAGACCUAACCCCAGAUGGAAUGGCAGUAGAUCCAUGGCGACUAUGCACAAUAGAUCAAGUUGAAGAUUUAAAAGCAGUGAUAAACAUAAUCCCAUUAUGGUCAACAGGAAUCAUGUUAGGUGUGAAUGCAAACACAACAUCAUUUCGAGUCAUCCAAGCAAUCUCAAUGGACCGUCAUGUUCUGACCCCAACCUUCGAAAUCCCUCCUGGCUCCUUUAAUGCCUUUGCUCUAAUCAGUUUGAUGUUAUGGCUCAUCCUUUACGACCGAGUCAUAAUUCCUUUGGCAUCCAAAGCCAUGGGAAAACAAGUACGUUUAAGUGCCAAGACACGGAUGGGAAUCGGGUUGUUACUCUCGUUUGUGUACAUGUUAGUGGCCGGAGUUGUGGAGAAUGUACGCCGAGAAAUGGCAACUAAUGGAGGAAUCAUACUAAUAGAGGAUACUAAGGGUAUACAGCCUAUGUCGGCGUUGUGGCUAGUGCCGCAAGUUUGCCUAUUCGGGUUGGCUGAAGCUUUUACGGCGAUUGGUCAGAUCGAGUUCUUCUACUCGGAAUUUCCUAGGAGCAUGUCUAGUAUAUCAUCAAACCUUUUCGGGUUAGGCACGGGUGUUGCAAGUUUGGUUGCGAGUUUUAUCUUAAGUGUUGUUGAUCGUUUCACGACAGGAAUAGGGAAGGAGAGUUGGGUAUCUAGUGAUAUUAAUAAGGGUCACUAUGAUUACUAUUAUUGGGUUCUUGCUGGUUUGAGUUUGCUUAAUUACAUAUAUUUUGUGUUUUGUAGUAGGGCUUAUGAUCAAGGCAAAAGGGCUUUACAAGGCACAAAGGAGACUAGUCAUGUAUGACGUACUACUCAUUAUAGAUCCUCAUAUAUAUACUUUACAAGUGGAAUUAUUUAGGUAGUUUUUGUUAUAGCAUAAAAGCAAAAGAAAAAUGUAUAUACUAUACUUAUAUGUCUAAAUAAUUAUCCAGAUUUUAUGUCGA